AUGAUAAACAAUAGUCUAGAAGUUGAAUUACAAUUAUGGCAAUCCUAUUUAGAUAUUGGUUUACAACAGCAAAUAUGGUCAGAUCGACUUUGUACAAUGGCAAAGACAAAUGAUUUCAAAUUAUGUCAACAAUAUGUUAUCACUUAUAUACAAAAUAUUAAACAACAAUUGAAUGAAUGUCAACUAGAAUUGUCAAAACAAUCUCAACCAUAUCGGAUGACAACAUUACCAUUUGAUCAGAUUGACGAUCGUCUUAAAGAAACGGUUGAUCAUGAACGAAAAUAUUUAUCAACAAGAAAUAAUAAUCAAUUACUUAAGUUCAAAGAUGAUAUUCAUGAAAAAGAAUUAUUUAGAAUUAUAUUUACGUAUCGUCUUACUACUGAUCAAAGGUACGGACCCGAUUCAAAUGAUGAUAUAGAUAGUACGAGAGACCGGCUACAUGAUGUACUAUAG